UUCUGAAGAGUUGAAGAGGGAACAUAAUUAUGGAGUUGAGCAGCGUAGCAAUCGAAGGGCUCAAUCUUUGUGGAGAUUCGUCUCGUGUGGGUGAUCGGAGUUUUCGAAAUCUGGUUCAAAUUACCUUGGAUAUUUUAGUAACGAAAAAGAACGAAGAUGCCCUUAAAAGUGAUGAAGACAUUUCCACUGUGGAUUCAGCAACUCUUAAGCAAGCAUAUGCUGGCCUAGUGACAAUGAUAUUGGAGGCUAUCAAGAUGGAUUGUGAUACAUCCUCUAUAAGGAUUAUAAACCUAAUUUGGAAGCACUGCUUGCCAGAACAGGAGGUUCAUUUCCUCAUGUUGUGGAUGUGGAUUGGAGACUAGAUUAUUACAUUAAGAAUAAUCAGAUGGAGAAAGUAAACAAACCCACAUAUCUCAUCACACUUAAAACUGAGGAAGCUGGGAAGACCAAGGGAGAAGAUGUACAAUUUUCGUGCACAAUGGAGCAAUUACAGGAUCUGGUUGGAAAAUUGAAAGAUGCUUGUAAAAGUGUAGAGAAGGCUGCUAAUAACUGAUGUUCAGUCCUAAGCCCUGUGAAGACAUAGUAAACAAAGACAUUAUUUUUAUGAUUAUAUUAGAUGUAUCUACGUCAAUUGCGUAUUUGUUAAGGAAAGUUUACACGUCUAGCGCUGCUUUUUUAAGGAGUGCAACUGAAGAGAUUUCGCUACACGUUUUAGCCACAGUGACUGAUGAAAAAGAUGAUGUUUCGAAUACAUAGACCCUAAUUUUUUGCCGGGUCAUUUUUUUUACCGCUGAACCUAAUAGAGAACAUUUCUUUUUUGUAGUUUUCGUCAGAGAAAAAUAAAAUUAAGGUGAACAGACA